AUGUUCAGUUUCAUUUUAAAGACGUUUUUGGUUGCACUUUUCUGUAGAAGCACAUUGGCGGGGAAGGGUGGAAAGGCGGCAACUAAAGUUGGACUUGCAGGAAUAAGUCAGGUUGGAGCUUCAGCGGAAAGAUACACCGAUGAGAGUCAAGAUAACGUUGGGGAAGACUAUGGCGUAUUGCAAGGUGGGAAGCCGGAUUUUGGAGCCAACUUGGAGAAGAAACUUAAAUACGAUUUGUUCGUUGUAAAGCGCUACGACAGGAAUAUACGCCCAGUGAACAACGCCACAGAGCAAGUUCUCAUUCAAAUUGAUCUUUCAUACGUACAGGUGCUAAAUCUCAACGAAAAAGACCAGAUUUUGAAAAGUUUACUCAGAUUGAGAAUUUACUGGAAAGACGAUUAUUUACGAUGGGAUCCUUUGGAAUACGGCAAUCUUACAUCGUUGUGGCUACCCGCAACAACGGUUUGGUUUCCUGAUAUUGUUGUUUACGAGGAGAUUGGAUCAGCUACUUACGCACCCAGGGUUCCUUAUGUUUUCGUUCGAUCCGAUGGAACAGUUGGAUUCCUACAGCCAACAGCAUACGAAACAACAUGUAGCAUAAACAUCGCGUUCUUUCCAUUUGAUCGACAGGUAUGCACAAUGAAGUUCACAUCGUGGACGUUUCCAACUUCAAAGGUUGACCUAAUGACCAGACGAUCGUCAAAGCAAAUUAAAGCAGAUAUCCCGACCUACUUUGUCAGUUCUGGAGAGUGGACUUUAGAGGACAUUACAGUAAAUAAGCAGUCACAGUCGUAUGUGGACGUCGUGAGCGAAACCGAUGCUGAGCACGAUGACCAUGACGACGACCAUGAUGAUGAUGUUAGAUACUUAGAUAUAGAUCCUUUGACCUCUGUACGUGACGUUGCGCCUGACAGGAUGACAUCUCUUCACUGGUCAGAUAUUUCAUUCUCAUUUUACUUCACAAGAAAUUCGGGUCUUUACAUGCAGAGUAUGCUGUUCCCUGCAAUACUCCUAACAACCAUAUCAUUACUUGGUUUCUACCUUCCACCAGACAGUGGUGAAAGAAUCGGACUUCAGAUUACGAUCAUGUUGACAUUUAUGGUAUUUCUGCUGACUGUCGGUGACAUGUUCCCAGCAUCUACCGGCCCCUACCUGGGUGUGUACUUCGUCCUAUGCAUGGCGUUGCUUGGUAUAAAUAUAAUAAUGACGGUGCUGGUGCUACAUAUUCACCAUAUGCCAUGUGAUGCGGUGAUGGAAGAGACCCAAACGAAAGGAGUGUACAAAGUGAAUUUCCAAAAAAUUCCGUAUUGGGUAAAGUUCUGUUUGUUUUGUGCUGGACAAUACAUGGAGUUGAAGAAUUAUACGUUGACUGAGGAUGACGUUGAAGUACCCAGAUUAAAUAAAACAGCUAUGGAGUUCGUUAAACAUCUUUUAAAAAAGUGGAAAGCGAACGUCUUGAAAAAACAAUUGACAAAGUCAGUUUCCCCCUUGCAAAAUCUGCCUGAUCCAGAGUUGGGGAGAAAUAAAAAGGGAGCAAUUAAUGAAGAACAAGAUUACAUGUCGGUUGGCCAAGGAAACAAUCCGUGGAAAAAGUUUUCAAAGAAACAGGGAUUCGCAGAUAUUGCGAAAGGUCCGAUGUCCACUACCACCAACAUACUGCAUAAGUUAAUGAACGAUAUGGUGAACAAAAUGGGCAACGUAUGCGACAACGUUCUACAGCUCUCCAAUUACAUGCGGUAUAGGAACUUGAAUAUGAAAGAAAACAGACUAGAAGCCGCCAUGAACGAGAAAUGGAAGUCGGUAGCUCGCCUUGUGGACCAAAUGUGCUUGCGUGUCUACAUAUUCAUGCUGGUGGUUUUUCACCUGGCUAUUCUCUUCGCUAUACUGAUAGAAAUUUAUUUAUAAACGCCAAACGUCCACUAGUAUAGAAUAGGUUGUAAUUUAUUGCACAACAACUCAUAUACUGUUUCAGCAUUCAUUGUGUAUUAUUGCAGUAUUAAUGCGUAUAAUCUAGGUUUACCAGCUUUUCAGUUUAAGUAAUAAUGUAAACAGAGAACACGAAUUCAAUUUGUUGAAUGUAACUAAUCAAA